UACUUUGAUUUAACGUCACUUUAGUAUUCACAUUAUGAACGUGUCUGUGAAAGAGGUGUUUUAUUGUGUUUUUAAACGUAACGAAUAGCUGGUUGUAGUUUUUUCUAACUGUUGGGGACCGUUAAAUUCCUUCAAAGUAAAAGUUCCAGUUUGCCAGAAUGCCUACAGAGUUAAAACAGAGGAAGAAAUCUCAGAAACAAAGCGACGAAGCGCCAGAAACAUCUGCAGCAAAUGUUAAAGAUGAAACGCAGAAAGAGAAGACUGAAGGAGGAAACAGCGCAGCAGCCAAGAAGUCUUCUUGUUGGGAUUUUACAAGUUUAAUGUGUUUAUUGUCGCUGGCAGCCUGCGGAGCUCUGAGCUGGGUGGUGCUGCAGCAGAAUCAGAGGUUUUCUGAAAUUGAGGAAAAGUUCAAAUCUUUACACGUCAAGACUUCCAGUCUGUUGGACAUGGAGGAAGAAGUGCUGAAGGUUUCCAAAAAGCUGGCCUCCUCUGAGGACGACCUGCAGGAGGCGCUCUCCUCCGCCUCCUUGGCGUCUCGACUCCAGCAGGACGUCUCCACCCUCCACGCCGGCGUGAUGGCGAUGCAGGCGGACGAGAACUCCGCCUCCCGCGACCUGCAGACCGUCAAUGCCCACUUCCUCAACGUGACGGAGACGUGGCAGGAGCGCCUGGCCUCCAUCAGCUCCGACCUGGCGGCGCUGAAGGCCGAGUCGCGGGAGGCGCACGCCGGUGCCACGGAGCGGGUGAACGAGGCGGAGCUGAGAGCCCGGGCGCUGGAGGAGAAGCUGCAGGAGCUCGAGGACAGCACCAGGAGGAACGCCCGAGCCAUGGAGCGCACCGAGGAGGACGACACCAAGCGGAGUCGGGAACAUCUGGACUGGAACACCAAGCAGAUCCAGAACCUGGAGCAGCAGAUCAGCAGCCUGACCAGGAGGGAGGAGGAGCUCCAGGAGCAGCUCCAGGAACACCUCCCCCGGGCGCAGCAGUGUGAGGAGCACCUCCCCGCGGUGGAGGAGGCGGUGCGCUCCAUCCUGAGGCUGACCGGUGAUCUGAGCGGCGCUGAGAAGCGUCUGGAGGAGGUGACGCUGCAGGUGUUCGGGACUGAGGACAGCAUGCUGAAAGCUCUCAACCAGAUCCUGCAGAUCCGGCAGGAGCUGGACUCGCUGCAGGCCCAGAACAGCGUCCUGAAGAUGAAGAACGAGCUCUCCGUGGUCAAAGAGGCGGUCCGUGAACUCACCAUGGUGCUGAGGGGAAACACAGACGAGAGUCAACAGGAAUCUGACACAAACACACAGGAGGAAGGAUGGAAGGAUGAGGAAGAGGAGGAGGAGGAGGAGGAGGAGGAGGCGUGGGAAACGGACCAGGACGAGACAAAUCAACUUCUAUUUGAUGAUCUCCAGAAAUGAUGUCAUUGAUUUGACUCGACUAGAGAAAAGGAGCGGCCCUGUGUGCAGUAUUAGUUAUUAAAGGGUCAAAGUUCAGUAUUAAUGUUUCUCUAAAUGUGUAAAAUCUGAAACCAGGACGAUCAUUGUAUAAAAUACAUGCACUGUAUGACACGAGUACAAUCAAGAAUA